AUGGUGUCGAACAGUGCGAAAAGGCCGACUAAGUGGAAGCGGGAGAGCAGAUUAAGCAAUCGACUCAGUUUUGGCUUCUCCGAUCGCCGGAUUUGUAAUUGCGAUCUUGUUCUCCGCCGGCGAGAUCUCCGAUCAGAAGCUCUGGUGAUCAAGCUUGAGUCGGCGACCCCUUUUUCAUCAUCUGGGCCUAUGACCGGACAAGCACCAUCUCCCUUUAGGCCCACAGCUCCACCAUCCUCUCAGUUUCCUGCGCCUCCCUUUUCUGGUGGGCCUUUGGUUGGACCAGAGGCCCCUGCCUUUAGACCCCCUCCCUCAUCAUCCUCAUAUGGCCAGCCAAAUCCAGGAGUUCAGCGUUUCCCUAAUCCACCCGUCGUGUCAACAGGUCAAGCACCACCACCUCCUCGUCCCUCCUUUAUGGGCCAGCCCGUGGGCCCUCCGCCUAUCAGAGGUCCUCCGGGUCCUGGCUCUUUCCCUUCACAACCUCAACCACCUCCAGUGGUCAUGGGGUCUCCACCUCAAAGCAUUAAAACUGGACAACCCAACAUGAAUAUUCCUUUGCCUGCAGAUCAACACUUUCCACCCUCAAGGCCGAAUGCUCAACCUCCUCAGCCUUCUUCACCUCCAAUGGGGCCAUCUUAUGCAGCUGCCAGGGGUACCUUCCAGCCGGCUUUUCCUGGUUAUGCUAAGACACAGUCAGAAUCGGUUGCUCAUACUCCACCUAUGCAGCCGGGUAACUUUCCGUUGCAACAGGGAGGCUAUGCUCCACCAGCACCUCCUACUCCUUUUAUGGGUCAGCAAAGAGGUUAUGUUCCUGGUCCUCCAAUUACGAAUCCUUCGGGGCUCUAUUCUGGGAACCAAAUUCAUCAGCAUGGACUUGCACCACCCACUUCAACUCCACAGGCACUGGCAGAAGAUUUCAGUUCACUCUCUCUUGGAUCAGUACCAGGAUCCUUUGAUGCAGGGCAUGAUUCUGCAGCUUUGCCAAGGCCAUUGGAUGGUGAUGUUGAGCCCAAGAUUUUUGCCGAGAUGUACCCGAUGAAUUGUAGUUCUAGAUUCCUACGACUGACAACGAGCGCAAUACCAAAUUCUCAGUCCCUGGCGUCUCGGUGGCAUUUGCCUUUAGGGGCUGUCGUGUGUCCUCUGGCAGAAGCUCCUGUUGGGGAGGAAGUUCCAAUAGUGAAUUUUGCCACGACGGCCAUUAUUCGUUGUAGGAGGUGCCGCACUUAUGUUAAUCCAUAUGUUACGUUUGUGGACAGUGGAAGAAAGUGGAAAUGCAAUAUUUGCUCAUCGCUCAAUGAUGUUCCGGGAGAAUAUUUUUCACAUUUGGAUGCUAGUGGCAGAAGACUUGAUUUGGAUCAGAGGCCUGAACUAUCUAAGGGUAGUGUUGAAAUUAUCGCCCCAGCUGAGUACAUGGUCCGCCCCCCAAUGCCGCCUCUGUAUUUUUUUCUCAUUGACGUGUCAAUAUCUGCAGUACAAAGUGGAAUGCUUGAGGUUACGGCUCAAACUAUUAAGUCCUGUUUAGACAAUCUGCCUGGUUAUCCUCGUACGCAAAUCGGCUUCAUUACUUAUGAUAGCACUAUACAUUUCUAUAACAUGAAGUCGUCAUUGACACAGCCUCAGAUGAUGGUCGUCUCAGAUUUGGAUGAUAUAUUCGUUCCUUUGCCCGAUGACCUUUUAGUCAACAUGUCAGAAUCUAGAGAUGUAAUAGAGGCGUUCCUUGAUAGUUUGCCCUCCAUGUUCCAGGAGAACAUGAAUGUCGAAUCUGCCUUUGGUCCAGCUCUUAAAGCUGUGUUCAUGGUUAUGAGCCAACUUGGUGGUAAACUGUUGAUUUUCCAGAGUUCUCUGCCGUCACUUGGUGUUGGCCGCCUGAGGUUGCGAGGGGAUGAUAUUCGUGUCUAUGGGACAGAUAAGGAGCAUAUUUUACGUGUACCAGAAGAUCCAUUUUAUAAACAGAUGGCUGCUGAUUUUACCAAGUAUCAGAUAGCUGUAAAUAUUUACGCCUUCAGUGAUAAGUACACGGAUAUAGCAUCUUUAGGCACGCUGGCAAAAUAUACUGGUGGUCAGGUGUAUUAUUAUCCAAGUUUCCAGGCAAGCAAUCACGGAGAUAAGUUGAGACACGAACUAACCAGAGACCUUACUAGAGAGACUGCAUGGGAAGCUGUAAUGAGAAUAAGAUGUGGAAAAGGUGUCCGUUUCACAACUUAUCAUGGGAACUUUAUGCUCAGAUCCACCGAUCUACUUGCGCUGCCCGCAGUUGACUGUGAUAAAGCUUAUGUUGCACAACUGUCUCUUGAAGAUACACUUUUGACCACUCAGACUGUGUACUUUCAAGUUGCACUGCUAUACACGUCAUCUUCCGGAGAACGACGCAUUAGGGUACACACUGCUGCUGCUCCAGUUGUCGCAGAUCUUGGAGAAAUGUACCGCUUGGCCGACACCGGAGCAAUUACAUCUUUAUUCUCCAGGCUGGCGAUUGAGAAAACUCUUUCCUCCAAGCUGGAAGAUGCUCGGAAUGCCGUUCAGCUACGUAUUGUGAAAACCCUCAGAGAGUACAGAAAUCUUUAUGCGGUUCAGCAUCGCCUGAGUGGAAGGAUGAUUUACCCCGAGUCACUAAAAUUUUUACCCUUGUACGGAUUAGCACUAUGUAAAUCAACACCCCUCCGUGGUGGGUACUCUGAUGUUCAGCUCGAUGAACGGUGUGCUUCUGCUUCCACCAUGAUGACUUUACCUGUUAAAAAUCUGCUCAAGCUCCUUUAUCCCGAGCUGGUUCGUUUGGACGACUGUCUUUUGAAAAAUGAAGAGUAUGGCGUUUCAAAGAAACUACCACUGAGUGCACAGAGUUUGGACACCAGUGGUCUUUACAUCUUUGAUGACGGUUUGCGGUUUGUGAUUUGGUUCGGGAGGUCGAUUUCGCCUGAUAUAGCUAGAAACUUGCUCGGGGAAGAUUUUGCAGCAGACUACUCAAAGGUUAGCCUUAAACCGCGAGACAAUGAAAUGUCAAGAAAGCUAAUGAAGAUACUCGAUAAAAUUAGGGAGGGUGACCAGUCAUACUAUCAGCUAAGUCAUCUUGUGAGACAAGGAGAACAGCCACGAGAAGGUUUCUUCCUAUUGACAAAUCUUGUGGAGGACCAGGUCGGUGGUGCGAAUGGCUAUGGUGAUUGGAUGAUGCUCUUACACCGCCAAGUCCAACAAAACGCCUGA